AAAAAGAAGGCAGAGGCCUUUACUUGGAAAUGAGCGCUUCAAGAGCAUUGCCCGGGAAGAAAUAAAUACGCUGAAAGGUUCAGAUGCAGAUUAAAUGGCCAAUCUUUUUAAAGAAGGAAAAAGGACACAAAACACACCUGGGACAGCAGCUCACACCAAGCUCCUGAAAGAACAUCUUGGCUAUCGUUUCUUAGGCCUUUAAGCUGUUUACGCGACAGUGGGUACCUGCUGGGCGUGCUGUGGUCUGUUACAGGAAUGUUUCUGAUCAUCUGAAUCUCAACCAUGCUGUCAAACUGCUUGCAAAAUUUUCUAAAAAUGACAAACUCUCCUCUAAUACAUACACGAUUAUGCCAGCGAUUAAUAAGUGAAAGGAGGUUUUCCGGAACUGCGCCGUCCUCCAGCUUGCGUAGGCGGGUUGUCAUUACAGGCAUUGGCUUAGUGACUCCACUUGGUGUUGGAACUCAGCUGGUAUGGGAUCGUCUAAUCCAGGGAAAGAGUGGGAUUGUUCCGCUGGUUGGUGAAGAGUACAAGACUAUCCCUUGCAGUGUUGCUGCUUACGUGCCAAGAGGGUGUGAUGAAGGGCAAUUCAAUGAACAAAACUUUGUGACCAAAUCAGACGUCAAGGCCAUGUCUUCUCCCACCAUCAUGGCCAUAGGGGCUGCAGAGUUAGCCUUGAAAGAUUCCGGCUGGCAUCCCCAGUCAGAAGCUGAUCAGCUGGCUACUGGUGUUGCAAUCGGCAUGGGAAUGGUUCCUCUUGAAGUUAUUUCUGAAACUGCUUUGAUGUUUCAGACGAAAGGUUACAACAAAGUCAGCCCAUUCUUUGUCCCUAAGAUUCUGGUCAAUAUGGCCGCAGGCCAGGUCAGCAUUCGACAUAAACUCAGGGGCCCCAACCAUGCGGUGUCCACAGCCUGUACCACCGGAGCUCAUGCUGUGGGAGACUCCUUUAGAUUUAUAGCCCACGGCGAUGCUGAUGUGAUGGUGGCUGGAGGUACAGAUUCUUGCAUCAGCCCUUUAUCGCUUGCUGGGUUUUCCAGAGCCCGAGCUCUGAGCACAAACUCUGAUCCUAAGUUGGCAUGUCGACCAUUUCAUCCAGAGAGAGAUGGUUUUGUCAUGGGAGAAGGAGCCGCCGUGCUGGUGCUAGAAGAACGUGAGCAUGCUGUUCAAAGAGGGGCCCGGAUCUACGCAGAAAUUUUGGGCUACGGACUCUCAGGUGAUGCUGGUCACAUAACCGCCCCUGAUCCUGGAGGAGAAGGUGCCUUCAGAUGUAUGGCUGCUGCUGUAAAAGAUGCAGGUGUACGACCCGAAGAGGUAUCCUACAUCAACGCACAUGCUACUUCUACACCGUUGGGAGACGCUGCUGAAAACAAAGCCAUCAAACGUCUUUUCAAAGAUCAUGCACAGGCCCUCGCAGUUUCCUCUACCAAGGGAGCCACGGGACAUCUGCUGGGGGCUGCGGGUGCUGCUGAAGCAGCUUUUACCGCCCUGGCUUGUUACCAUCGAAAAUUGCCACCCACCUUAAAUCUGGAUUGUACAGAACCACAGUUUGAUCUCAAUUAUGUGCCACUCAAGGCACAGGAAUGGAAAACUGAGAAAAGAUGUAUUGGACUCACCAAUUCAUUUGGCUUUGGUGGUACUAAUGCGACACUUUGUAUUGCUGGCAUGUAGGUCAAAUCAUUUGUAAUUAAAUGUUGAUUUUUUUUAAUGUUAUAAACUGCAUUCAGUGGAGAAAUAAUAUGUUUAUAUAAAUCAAUAUCCUUAUAUAUCCAUACCCAGAUAUCCUUUACCUUUGUCAAGGUUUCUCAACCUUGGCGCUGUUGAUAUGUUGAGCAGGAGAAUUUUUUGUUGGGGAAAGGGGAGGGGAGCUGUGUUAUAUUAACAGCAUCCUAGUCUUUACCCACUAGAUUCUAAUAGCACCUCCUUCCCCAAUUGUGACAACCAAAAAUGUCUCUAGACACUGCCAGAUGUUUCCAGGAGGUGGGGGGAAGGAGGAGCCCCACAUGAGAAGCACUGAUCUGUGUUUUCCUGAUGCUCUAGGUCAAACGACUCUUCACGACAUUUCACCCACUCUUGUCCCUUUUGCAAACAUUUGGCAAAUAGCUGCUCUGUGCUAGGUAUUCCAACUCCAGGCACACCAUUCCCAGCCAGCGUAUAGGGAAGGAGUACAAAUACAACCGUGAGUUUCUUAUCACUCGUCAGCACUCUUUGAAUAUAGCUGUCAGCCAGCAGGGAUCUGUUUACCCCUUACCUGUUAGCUCUCUUAUUCCUAUUGUCUGUACUGGAAUUAAGCAAAGUAACAGAAUUUCCUUAAAUUUCCAAGCUAUCAGUGCUCUGAAAGAAGGAAGUGAAAUUGGUUUGGCACUUUUUAUUCUUUUUGUAUGAAUGGUGACACCUAGUGAGCAGUGGAGAUGAAGGUCUUUGGGAAGUGGAGCAGAGCUUGGGGACACAAGCCACAUCACCUCGCCCACCUCUAGCUUUGUUGCUGCUGUGGUAGAUGGUUUUGUGUGCCUCCACCAUCUCACCACAAGUGCUGGUGGGGCCUCCACCUCUUCCACCUUGGGGGUUCUCCCUCUGGCUGGAAUUGUUGGGAGGGGGAGGGGGGCAAUUUCCCUAAAGGCAGCACUUAACCAGCUAGGGUGGGAGGUGGAUAAGCACCUCGGCCUCCUUUCAGAAUGAUACCUAAGGUUCUGUAUAGUUCCUGGGGUUUCCAGUGAGAUAAAGCUUCAGUGCCCCCAACAUUAACCAGCUCAGUAACACCCUUUUUAUUGGCUUUUUUUCCCUUCCCUGUUCCUGCUCUGAUUUUUAAUCCUGCUCAGGAAUCACUUCCUAAACAAACCACUUUGUUCUCAUUUCUGCUUUCUGGGGAACUCAGACUAAGACGGGAAGUCUGUGUUGGAAUGGCGGUUUAUAUAUCAAAGGGAUAAAGUUAAUAACUGGGUAGAUGGAAUGUGUGUAUUUCUGCCAAAGUGAACAGCAUUCCCCACGUACUAAUAGGCUGCCAACAUUGUCUGCCCACUGACUUUGCUAUAUGCCUAAGACUCCAGCCAUAUUCAUUCUGUUAUAAUCAGUUUUAAAUCCCACUGGCAUACAGUUUGUUCCACUAAAAUUUAUUGGGUGCUAACUAUGGACCUGGUUUUGUUCUGGCCACCAACGGUAAAGUGAUACAUCAAAGUUUUGUUAAUGCAGUAAGUGUCAUGGGAAGCCAUUUAAGAUUUGGGGUGUUACAAUGGUUUUGUAAUGUAUCAAGUUGGCUAGGCUGAACUGCAUUUCCCGGAAUUCUCUUCACUGUGCUUUUGGUUAGGGCCGACCACAAGAGAUUCCUGUGGGAUACUUGCACAGCGGUUGUGAAGCAGCAAGCGUUCUGUAGCUCAUACAUGUCCUGGCUCUGCUGGCUGACUUCCUUGAGGUGAGACAGUGGCUGGACCUCCAGCUGCUUCACCUGGCCCUGGAUCCUUCUUCAGUUUCCCUGACUCCUGGGCCAGGUUUGUGUUGAGCUUCAUGAAUGGCCCAGCUUCUGCCCCGUGCCACCAAGAUCAGAGGCAGCAAGAACUGAUAGACUUCAGUUCAUCCUUACGGUUGUGCUUUCUAGCUGGUUAUUAGAAGUUUACAUCCACUUUCCCUUCCCGACUGCCUGCGCGGUGGACUGCAGUUGCCAGUAGCAGACGGUAAUAGAUUGACUAACAGCCUUAGAGAGACUAUUUAGCCAGUUCUCAUAACUGUAGGUCAAGUCCCUGUAACAAAUGUCUAAAUCUGUAUCUGUCUUGGUGGUUCUCUCUCUGAACCCUGACUGGUACACGUGAAGAUGAAUGGGAGUUGUCAGCAGAAGAUCACAUUUCUUUUUACAAAUACCACUCUGGCUGUAGACUGGAGAACAAGUUGGGGUGAGGCCAGAUUCCUAUGGAGGGGAUCCAAUCAGAAGGGAUAGCAAGGAGGAUGUUUUGACCCAAGGUUAUUCUAAAGUUGAAAAUCAUGUUUGUUUAGUCAGUUUUACUAAGGCAUACUUUAUAUAUAGUAAAUUGCACACGUUUCUAGUGUACAGUUAAGUGAGUUUGAUAAAGGUGUACACAGACUUGUGGAACUACCUCUAUCAAAAUAUAGAACGUUUCUAUCACUGGAAAAAUUUCCUCUUGCUCCUUUGCAGUCAAUCCUCCCAGCUCCAGAGGAACCUUCUGUCACUACAGAUAAAAGUUGCCUUUUCUAGAAUUUUAUGUAAAUGGAGUCAUACAGAAUAUACUCUUUGGUGCCUGGCUUCUUUCACUCAAUUUUUUUGAGAUUUAUCCAUAUUAUUGAGUGUAUCAGUAGUUCAUUCCUCUUUUAUUACUGAUUAAAAAUUUUUUUUAAAUCA